AUGUCGACCGACUGGCGGGGUGGAUUCACCCGUGUCACUUUCAAAGUCUUACCUUUGUUAAUACUUCACAUUCUUUCUUUCUUUCUUUCUUUCUUUCUUUCUUUCUUUCUUUUUACUUUACUCUUCGCUUACUUUUUAUUUCUUAUCUCAUUUUUACCUUCUCGCCAGAACUUUAUCGAUAUUUUUUUUUGUUAUAAUUUUUUAUAUAAUUUUCUUCUUUUCAUUCUUGCUUCUUUUCUGCCAUUCUUUCUUUCUCAUUCCUUCCUUCUAUCAUUCUUCGGCUUAUUUCCGGUCAUUCUUUCUUCCUUUUUUCUUCUUUCCUUUUCUCUUUCUUCUGGUACCAUGAUAUUCUUUAUGUCUAUACUCUUUUUCUUUUUUUCCAAAAAUUGUCUUUCUUUCUUUCUUUCUUUCUUUCUUUCUUUCUUUCUUUCUUUCUUUCUUUCCACUUUCACAUUUAAAACUAAAUACAUCCUAUUUAAUUUUCUUCCUUUCAUUUUCGAUUCUUUGUCACCAUUUCUCCUUUUUCCUUCUUUCUAUAUUUCUUCCGGUAACAUUAUAUUCAUUCUUUCCAUUCUUCUUUUCGAAUUACUUUCCUUCUUCUGUUCAUUAUGUCAUAACUGUUUCCUUCAUACCUUGAUUUAUAAUAAACAUAUUUAUGUCUUUUCUUCUUCGUAG